CAAGCACAGAAUCCUCACCAGACUGAUGGUGAGGUUUCCUUUGCCGUCGGAAGCUGUGUGAGAGUCAGCCCAGGCAGGCAGGCAACUCGCUCCUCACCCUCUGGUCCCUCCCGGGAUGGACAGAGCCCUCACAGGGCUGCAGAUCCACAAGCAGCUGGGAAGAUGCUGGCUCCCUCCCUCCAUCCGCUCCUCUGCCUCCUGGGCUGCGUGCUCGUCCCAGGUACCACAGCCUCCACAAACUCCUCUGUCCAUGCUGUAACAGGUCAAUCCCAAUCAACCACAUACAGCCCUGAAGUAAAGAACCACAGCUCAGAGCCUUCACUAAUGGCAACACCAACAGGCAACUUGAACCUCACCUCUGUGGAUCACAUUACCACAGCCAAAUUCUCUUUGGUUGCUACAACACUGCCAGCAUCCAUUGUGCAAAAUGAAAAGCCUACUGAAAGCAGAAGCACAGCAGUUUCAUCAUCUCAAGGUCAGGAGCCCAGGAGAAGUGAGAGUACCACCACAUCAACAACUCCAAGUGCUUCCUCCCUUCUCCCAUGGAGAGGCACCUCAAAGCCAGUCACCUCAACAGCAAAGACCUCUGGCUACCUGCCUGUGCCCACUCCCACAGAUGAUGGAUCACCACUGACAGUGGCAGCUUUUGGUGUCAUCAGCUUCAUAGUCAUCCUGAUUAUCGUCGUCAUCAUUCUGGUCGGUGUGGUCAGCCUGAGGUUCAAGUGUAACCACUCCAAGGACUCAGAAGACAAACAGAAGCCAGGGACCUCCAUGGUGUCAGAGAGCUGCUCAGCAAGCACAAGCCAGAAGGACAACUGCAUCACUCUGAUCUCCAUGAAGAACAUCAACAUGAACAACAGCAUGGGCUACCCUCCAUCAGAAAAGGUGCUAUGAAGCCAGGGACCCUGAGCUUGAAGCUGAAUGUGACAACCAGCAGGUUCUGAGGUUCUUUAUAUCCUUUUCCCUUGGGGAAGAGCAAGGGUGGACUUUAUAGAUAAAUUAUUAUGUCCUUUCUGAUCAAUACUUUUACAGUAGCAUCCCACAUAGCUUCCUCACCUGGGGUCUAGGGGCAUUCUCCAGCCAUGCUCAAUGGUUAUCUGUUUUUUUUUAAUAUGCCUUCAAAUCCUCAGAUUAUGCCAGCAGCAAGAAGCACCAAGGAGCCAUGGACUUUGCUAAUAAACUGCUGCCUUAGAUUAAGGACCCUUAUAGUCCCUGCCAGCCAGUCACAGGCUCAUUAACCAGCACAGCCCCACACAGGGUCAAAACCCUGCAUUAGGAAAGCACCACCACCACCUGAAGCUGAGAGCCUAAUGGGACAGAAAUGGCCAAGGACUGGGACACAUCCCAGCACCACUGCUCCAAGCCCCUUAUCCUUGAGGGCCUCCUUGUCCCUGCAGCAGUGGGGGUGAUGAUAUCCACCUACCUCACAGGGUUGUUGUGAGGAUAUGUUAACAUCUGUAAAGCGUGGGGAGAGCCAUGAAUUAAAGGUGCUGCUGA